UACUACUAUUGCUACUGUAGUACAGCUCUUUAAUAUAGACGUUAACCACUCGGAAGCGCGUUGACGUAUUUGUUGUUUAAUAAAAUUAUCAUAUGUACGUAAGGUUCGCGGGUAUUAAGGUUAAAUUCGUUUAGAAUCAGUUAGUUACCUACGUGACCAGCGAGAUCAAAAUGCCAGGUGAAUGCAAAGAAAUAAAGAAGGUGUUGGUGGUUUAUACCGGUGGAACAAUUGGUAUGCAAAAAAAUCAUAAAGGUGUGUAUGUGCCAUCACCACACCCCUUAACGCGCCAGUUGAGAAACAUCCCGGAGUUGCACAAUAAAGAAUACGCUGAGUUGUACUUUGGCGAACAAAGAUCCGACGAGCUCAUAAUUCCGUACAUUUACGAGGAGCAAGUUGUAGUGUACACAGUUAUCGAAUAUGACCCGUUGUAUGAUUCGAGCAACAUGUCCGUCAAGGACUGGAUCAGAAUCGCUACCGAUAUUGAGACCUACUAUUACAAAUACGAUGGCUUUGUAAUUUUGCACGGUACGGAUACAUUGGCGUAUACAGCCUCUGCGCUAUCCUUCAUGCUAAAUGGCUUGCAAAAGCCAGUCGUACUAACUGGAUCUCAGAUUCCGAUAUAUGAAAAUAGGAGUGAUGCGAAGAGUAAUUUUCUAGCGUCACUUAUAAUCGCUGCCUGUUUCAACGUUUCUGAAGUGUGCGUGUAUUUUUCGAACAAGCUCUUUCGAGGUAAUCGUACGGCGAAGGUGAGCACAAAUCUGCUGGACGCAUUCGAUUCCCCUAACAUUCCGCCUUUGGCUAAUAUUGGAAUUGAUAUCACAAUGAACCGCAGUUUAACGCUUAAAAGUAAUCGUGAAGAGGAAUUCGUUGUUAGUAAAAAUUUAAAUCCUAACGUUGUUGUCUUGUCUGUCUUUCCAACGAUUACUGGGGCGAUGAUCAAGUCGUUUAUUGGAAAAGGUGUGGACGGUGUGGUCUUGCAGAGUUACGGUGCUGGUAACGUUCCCACAAAUCGAAAGGACGUGUUGGAUGUGUUUAGGGAGGCAAUUGAAAGUGGGGUAAUCAUCGUAAACAUAACGCAAUGCGCACAAGGGGCGGUUGCGCCGACUUACGAAACGGGGCAAGCCUUAAAGGAAAUUGGUUUAAUAUGCGGGUACGAUAUGACGGUCGAAGCUGCGCUCACCAAACUUUCGUACGUUUUGGGACAAGAUCAGUUACUAUUAGAAGAAAAAAAGAAGCUUAUAAGUAUUAACCUCAGAGGGGAGCUCACAGAUGGCCAAUGACAUAAGAUAAAUUUUGUUGUUGAAGUUAUUUAUUGUACUAAUUACUUAUUUAUUUAUUAUCAGUGCAAGUGUGUUGUUAAAUUAACAACGUGCAGGUAUUAUUGUAAAAUGUAUUGUUAUAAUGCAAUAAAAUGUGAUGAACUUUUU